AUGGACAACGGCGACGCGCCUAGAAAGCGGCGCCGAUCCUCUCGCGCUACACCUCCGACAUCUGGGCCGGGUUACAGCGCCAGCGCCAACAUUAUUGACUUGACAGCCGACUCUCCGCCGACCACAUCGGCCACCAAGACAACUGCACCAGCCCGCAGCGCCGGCUACUCUGACUUGAUCGACUUGACAGCCGACUUCCCGACGAAUGCGCGGCCCACUACGACAACUGCAUCACCUCACAGCGGCCUUGCAGAUUUUGUCUACUCGAUCUUCGAACCCGAUUCCAUACCUGAGGCCGACAGCAUGACCAACGACGAGGCAUUUGCGCGCAAGCUCCAGGCGCGUUACGAUGCUGAGGCAUCUGGCUCGAAUCCCUCGUCAUCUACGGGCAAAGCAUCGUCAAGCCGUCGUCGAUCGCACAAAGUGGAUGAUAAGACAUUUGCACGCCCACUGAAAACGCACUCGAACGGCGAGGGAUCAGCACUACGACAUACCUCGACAUCAAAGCCUAUUGACCUUGGUUCGCCUCCGCCACCUGGAUCUAGCAGAUCAUCUUCCACAUUCCACUCGAAACGAGGCACCACAGUGCAGACCGGCGCGCGUUUGUCGCCCAAAGAUAUCUGCAACGGCAUACGCGCGUAUCACGCGAAAGUAGCAAACCACAAAUGUUCUCAUUGCUCAAAGACAUUGCUAGGCGGACAAGCGGCUAUUCUCACCGUAUCUGCCGCUCUCGUGGCGCCUUCGUGGCGCGUCGAACAAGCCAUCCCUUGUCCAGGCUGUCGGGCUCCGAACUGGUCCGUCAGCGACAGUAUCACUGUCAUUUGGGUGCUCCUCUGUGGCUUUGAUCACAAUUCUGAGUUCAACAAUCCUGUGCAGAAGAAGUUGACCCCACCACAACGAUUUCCCGGCAGGAGACAUGUUCCGAACACUAGUACGGGCACUGGUUACGACAACUCGCGUGACCUUGAGCAAUAUGCACAACAUUUCGCUCUGAGCAACGUAUACGGCUCACAUUACAUGCGCACGCCCUCGGCACCUGCUCUUCUCGACAAGACGGAGACAAAUGCAGACGACGAGAUGACACAGAGGGUGCUGGAUCUCAUAGCCAGUCUACUUCCAGCCGCGACGAAGUCAAACUCGUCCCCAGAUCGCUUGCGGCAUCUAUUUUUGGGCAGCUCUAUCCUGGACCGUGCUGCUGAGCUUUUCCGAAACAAUGACAUUGAGAAUGUUACUAAGAAUGCCAAGCUGUACAUGAGUCUUGCACGCUUCACACGGGCUUUAGCACACAAUCCUGCUACGGCUGCACUCGUAUCGGGCGAUCGAAUUGUGCGUAACCCAGGAGCCAGCAUCUUGCAAAUCUCGCUUACCAACGGCAACCUAGCGAAGAACGCGCAGUGGGAUACGUCCCAGCCCUUGGCCAACUGCAUGAGAGAUUUGGCUACGCAAUGCAGCAUGAUGUUGCGCAGCUCCGGGUCAGGGGCGAAUGAGGAGCACCUUAGAGUGUUCAGCGCGAUCAGAGACUUAAACGCGGCCGUGAAUCCCAAAGCUGGCACAAAUGGCCAGCCAGACGAGGACUCUUGGCAGAAAGACAUGCUUGUAUCUGAAGUGGCCGACGAAGAGAUUAUGUCCAAGCAUCAUUUUGCGGCAGCCCACUUGGCAUUCUCGCCACCAGGACGUAUGACCAGAAUCAUGCAAGAGCUGGCUCGACUGCAGACAAGUCUGCCGAACGGUAUCUUCGUCAGAUACGCUUCCUCGAGACCUGAUCUCAUGAAAGUCCUGAUCAUCGGGCCUAAGGACACUCCAUAUGAAAAUGGACUGUUCGAGUUUGACAUGUUCUGCAGCGAGAAAUUUCCAAACGAACCGCCAAAGAUGCAUUUCAGGACUACUGCCGGCGGCACAGUCAGAUUCAAUCCGAACCUUUAUCAGGACGGUAAAAUCUGCUUAUCGCUCUUGGGGACCUGGGAAGGCGAGCCCUGGAGCACAAAGAGUACUUUGCUACAAGUACUCGUCAGCAUCCAAUCGAUGAUAUUGUGUGAGAAGCCAUUUUACAAUGAACCUGGCUACGCCAACCAGCCACAAGCAGAGCCCCAGAGUAAGAAGUACAACGAGGCAUUGUACCACCGCACCAUAAAGAAUGGUAUGCUUGAUUGGCUCGAUCGACGCCGUUAUUCUCCAGCCGGCGGGGUCAUGGGUGGGUUCUACUCUCGUGCCCGGGACGCUGAGCAGGACACUGGCACUAUUGAUAAGAGCAAAGACAUCUGGGACGACAUCGUGAAGAAGCAUUUCGCCUCGUGCGAGCAGGAGAUCCUCAAAACCGUCAAGAAGUGGAUGGCAGAGGUCCAUCAAGCCAGCACGGAGCGCCCAUCAGGUCCACGGCGACCAUCGAUCGCACCUUCCGCGCCUUCUCCGGUCUUCUCGAACUUCGGAGCACAAGCUCCAUUCGGAUACCAGUGGUCAUAUGACGCGGCUCCGUUGUCCGGGGCCGCUUUUCCGACAGGAACGACGCCGAUGAACUAUGCACCACAAGGCGCUUAUCCGAGUGCAGCAUAUUCGCCCUCGCCUCUCAACGCGACGGAGCCUGCACCUGCACCUCCAGUGUCCCCUUCGCUUAUUCCCUUCCAACCUGGUGCAGCCAAUGCGCCGGCCUAUUCAUCAAGACCGCAGAGGGCGCCUGCUCAGAGCACGCAAGAAAUGCCAGAGCUCAACGGGACUGACUUGGCGGCAAAGCUUCACCAGGCCGUGCGGUUUAUGAAGAGCAAUGUGCCGAGUUACAGGGGAAUGGAAAUGCAUGAAUGGUGA